UUUUACAGAUUGGACAGUAUAUUUAUCUAAUCAAUGUGCCUAAUCAACAUAAAAUAUUUAAGUACUAUGGGUAAAUUUCAGGGAUUUUGUGAUAAACUCUGCUAGAUUUUACAGACAUUGCAGAGUUGGUUGUUUCUGUCGAUCCUGAAUAUUACUUUUCUGGUCGGAAUCAUUUGUCACUAUUAUUUUUUAAUAUUGAUCUCUGCCCAGAAAAAGGUCGAAUUGACACAGAUUCAAGACAGUAAGAUAAUGAUCCGCGCGCGGCUCCUCCGCAAGAACGGCAAAUACCUCACCCCACAGUCGUUCGCUAUGAGACGGCAUUACUUCAACAAUGAGGAAACGGGACGGGUUAUUUACGGGUUAUACACAAACGGCAAGACACAUCCGCCCUGUCCUGACAUGAUCAAGGGUAACGAUAAUAGUGAUCGGUGGAUCAGUUGGUUAUUUUCCGGGCUCGUAACGACGAAGGUUCCAUUCCCGCUGACACUCCGCUUCAAGCCGCGAAUGCUGCAGCUGGAUAUCGAAUUGGUCAUCCGCGUCGUGAUACUUUUUGAACGUUUUCGGUCUGAGAUUCUAGGGUCUGAGAAGCAUCUACACACAGGUUCUAAGAGAGAACAAUACCGCUGUUUAACGGGGAACCUUGCAACACCAGAUAUCCGGAUCAACGGUAUCCAUACCACAUAUCAAAGCCGCCUUCAAAUCAGAGUGGGAAGCGCUCAAAAUCACCCUGUACCAUAAUGCUCUGACGAACAAUGGAAUGGAGAUGCUUAUGGCGACCAGUUGCGUAUCCCCGUCGGAUGCUGUCUACCACAGCCGAGAGGACUCUCAUAAACUAUAAUCGAAGCAAAAUAUGGCAAUUAUAGUUAUUUUUACUGGUUAGCGAUUGUUUUGCACUUUAGAAAAAUAAGA